AUGGCGUCGACGGGCGCCGCCGCCGGGGUCCCGUCGAUGCGCGCCACGGAGACCGACUCCAUCACGAUCACCCCCCGCGGCGUGUGCGCCACCGCGGUGGAGAACAGGCACCUCGUCGCCGACUCAUCGGGAGGCGUCUGCCCUCCGCUCGCGCUGGACGCGGCGACGGGGUGCUGCCUCGAGCCCAAGCGCGUGGUGUCCAAAGAGAUGUGCGCGGAGAGCUGCAGCGAGAGGGGAUGCUGCGACGCCUACGCCGCGUGCGUCGUGUGCUGCCACGACGACAUCGCGCGUCGCAUCGCCGGGUCCGAGGGGCACGAUCCGAUCGAGCUCGCCGGCUUCACCCCCAUGCACCCGGCGAUGUGGCGCAGGUGGCUCAUCACGCACGACCCAAACGGCGUUCGCAAGCUCGAGGGCGAGCCGACGCGCGGCGAGACCUUCGCCGGCGCGGACGAUCACGCGGUGGCCCCGUUCGACUACUGCAAGCACCGGUGCAGGACAAACUCGGGGGUGACCAAGUACGAAAACGCGUUCCAGGACGACAGGCACCACUGCUUCAGGGAGACGUACGUCGAGACGGUGGGCGCGGACGACACGCGAUCGCCCGGACGCGAGAAGAACCACGACGAGGCGGGGGACUGGAAGAUCGCGCCGGACGGCCGCGUCGUGGCGCUGGGUCUCGCGAAGAUCCAGCCGAGGCCGAGCGACGAAGUCAACGGGGGACCGGACGUAGACGAUACAGACGCGUUCAGUGGGGACAAAGGCACGCUGGGGGGGUUGGUGAGCGACGGUUUGGCGUCGGUGACGUCGCUGAUCGGGGGCGGGGGGGGCGAACGGGGCCGGGCGGGCGAUAGAUCCGCACGGGAUUCGAACAGGGGACCAGAGCGCUCGCAGUUCGGCGAGCCUCGGGUGGGCGGCGCGGCGAAGCAAUCGUGGGUGUUCGACUCGCUCGCGCGAACCGCCGGGUCGCUUCGGGGGUACGCGACGGGCGGCGACGUGUUCACGACGGUGCUCGAGUUCAUCGCUGCGAUGACGGCGCUCGCCGUCUUCGCGUGUUGCUGCCUCCUUCGAGACGGCGACGUUCGAAGAGCCGUGCGGAUGUGAACCUUAUUAAAAACUCACGCGAAGAACUCCACGCUAAUCUUACCGGUGGCACUACACGACAAAGCCCAGCCCACGCUCGUGCCGUCGUCGCGCGCGUUCGCAGAGAGAGAAACCUCAGAGAGAGACGUCUACAGCCGCCCGCCCCGUCGCGAGCUCCGCCACGACGCCCGCCUCGGAUGCGUCGACAAGUAGAUGCGUCUCCAGACCCGCGACGCCGACGACUCUCACCACGCAUCCCGCGCCGCACGCGUCCAUGCACCUCGCGCCCUUCACGACGCACCGCGCACCGCGGUUCGAUCCGUUCGGAGCCGCGGUGGCACCCACCGCGCGCUCGAGCUCAGCCUUGAGCUCCCUCGCACCCCUCUUGGCGCACGCGUUGUUGGUGCACACGACGAUCUCGCACUCGUCGACGGGCUGGGGCGGGUCGGCUCUUCGUCGAUUCAGCUCGGCGGCUCGCUCCGCCUUGGCCUCCGCGACGGCGGCCUCGCGCUCCGCCUUGGUCAUUGGCUUGGCCGCGGCGGUCGUCCUCGGCUUUUUCGUCGUGCCGGCGGCGGCGGUGGACGACGAAGACGUCGCGGUCGUCGCGUUGGCGGCUUCGACCUUCUCCUUCCGAGCCUUGGCGCUG